UAAUAAGUACAGCAAUUAACUUAUUGAAUAUCGUGAUUUAAAAUAACGCGUAUAAAAUGGUCCAUUAUAUUGUCAAUAAAUAAUCUAAGAAUAAAACUUUACAUAUAUAUAUAAAUACUUCCUCGUAUUUACACUUCUUGGAAAACUACUGUGCCUAUGUGGAGAACGGAUAGUUCAUUGUAUAACACGCCUUAAUUUGUACUUUGUCGUUUAAAUUGGCGUUGAAUUAAGAACAUUAAAUCAACGUGACAGCAUUCUUUAUUCGUUGAUUCUUUUGGAUCCUUGAUUUUUAGAUAAAAAAUGUACUUUCAUUUAUAUUUCUAGAGUGUGUUUGAAAAUUUGAAAGUCAUUCCAAGGAUCACUGCAAAUACGAAUUAGCAGGAACUGCAACGCAUCCUACAAUAGUUUUGAUUGGAUAACGAAAUAUAGUUCAUCAUGGAGUACGUCGAUACUACAAAAAAGGAAAGCAAUGACAACUCUUUCAACUCAACAUCUUGUUCUGAAUUAGUAUCAAACACGAAUUCCAAUGAGGACUCAACAAUAGGAACAAAGGAUUCAGCAUUAAAACUUGAAGUUCAAAACUCGCAAACACAAGAUAAUGAUAAUUCAAUUACCUCAGAAAAUUCAUCACAAGAGAAUAUAGACUUUAAAGUGAUUUAUAACAAACAGAGAAUAAAUGUAAAUUUUGCGCUUGACGGUACUGUGGCAGAAUUAAAAGCGCACCUUCAAAACAUCAUAUCUGUGCCACAAGCUAUGCAGAAAGUGAUGAUCAAAGGAUUAGCCAAAGAUGAACAAACACUUAGAAGUUUGGGUGUUACAAAAGGUGCCAAAGUCAUGGUAGUAGGAUCAAAGUUAGACGACGUAUUAGCUGUGUCAAUUCCAACGAAACAAGAUCUUUCGGAUGAAGCUGCUUCCACUACAAAUAAGGAACCUUUAUCUCAACAGAAAAUGCAUAGGAAAGUAUUAGAUAAGGGUAUCCCUGAAGAUGUCAUGCCUGGUAUAUUAAAUAGUAAGGAACCUUUACCAGAAUUUCCAUUGGCUGGUAUGUUAAAUAAAUCUGGUGGUAAAGUUAGAUUAACAUUUAAAUUGGAACAAGAUCAACUAUGGAUCGGUACAAAAGAAAGAACAGACAAAAUACCUAUGAAUUCUAUAAAAGGUGUACACAGCGAACCAAUUCAUGAUCAUCCAGAAUAUCACAUUAUGGCUAUACAACUAGGCCCAACAGAAGCUUCAAGAUAUUGGAUAUACUGGGUUCCUGCGCAAUACAUAUCUGCUAUAAAAGACGCUAUUCUUGGCAAAUGGUGCUACUUCUGAUCAACCGUUGAUGGAAAUUUCUGUUUCUUCAAAAGCAAAGUGUAAUCAGGUGUAAGCAUUGAUACAAACACGACUGUACUAGUCACACAUUUUUAACAGUAAGUAAUAACUUAUUUUGCGUUGAAUUAUAACUGAUAUGUUCUAAUAAAAGUAUUCUUGUUAAGAAAAUU